AUGAGUAGCAAUAUCAUGCCUGCAAAAUUUUUGGUCACACUCACAAUUUUGUACAUCUUCUUUGCUCUUCACACGUCAGCACAUGAUGUUAACAGAGGCAAUAGUGGCCACCGAAGCAAAGGUGGUGGUGGCUCAAGCAAAGGCUGCAACAACCAAUUGGACACAACACCAUGUCAAACUCAAAAAUCAACAACUAUUCAAGCAGCUCCACCUCUCAAAACAAAUGCUUUGGUAUUUGCAGACCAAAGACUUGAAGUAGUGUACCCAGUGAUUCAAAGAUUCAAGUCCAUAAUCACCUCAGAUCCACUAGGAGUUACCAAAUCUUGGGUAGGAUCAGAUAUAUGCAGCUACAAAGGAUUCUACUGUGAUGCUCCCCCAGAUAACAACUCUGCCAUUGCUUUGGCCUCUAUUGAUUUGAAUGGUUUCCAACUAUCUGCUGCUACCCUUGAUGGGUUUAUUGAUAAGCUCCCUGAUAUUGCUCUUUUCCAUGCAAAUUCCAACAAUUUUGGUGGCACCAUCUCACCCCAAAUAGCUAAGCUACCUUAUCUUUAUGAGCUUGAUGUUAGCAACAACCAAUUGUCAGGUCCAUUUCCCAUGGCUGUUGUAGGCAUGAGCACUUUAACAUUCUUGGAUAUAAGGUUCAAUUUCUUCUCUGGGGCAGUCCCACCACAAAUAUUCACACAGAACCUUGAAGUGCUUUUCAUCAACAACAAUAUCUUCACUCAAGGGUUGCCUGAUAAUUUAGGCAACACACAUAUUCUCUUACUCACCUUAGCAAACAACAAAUUGAUGGGUCCAAUACCAAGAAGCCUUCCUAAAGCUUUGUCCACUCUGACAGAGGUAUUGUUACUCAAUAACCAGCUAACAGGUUGCUUGCCUUAUGAGAUUGGUUUUCUUGAAGAAGCCACAGUGUUUGAUAUUGGGAAUAACCAAUUGACAGGUCCUUUACCAUUCUCAUUGAGUUGCCUUGAGAAAGUGGAGUUGCUAAAUUUGGCUAGUAAUCUUUUGUAUGGAAUGGUGCCAGAAGUGGUGUGUGCACGGUUGGUGAACUUGGUCAACUUUUCAUUAUCUGAUAACUAUUUUACACAUGUGGGGCCAAUUUGUAGGAUGUUAAUUCAGAGAGGGGUGCUUGAUGUUAGAAACAAUUGUAUUCCUGAUCUUCCAUUCCAGAGAUCAGUGAUUGAGUGUGCAAAUUUCUUUGCAACACCGAGGCUGUGUCCAUUCACGUGGUUUCAUAGCCUUAUCCCUUGUAAGCUUCCUUUUCAAAACUCUCAGGUUCCUUAGAUGCGAAUCCUUCUCCUUGUUGACCUUCAAAUUUUGCUCCAUCUGCUAAGGCAUUUUGGUUGCAAUUCUUUAUCUUCCUUUGUAAUGUAUAAUUGUACUUCAA